ACGUUUGAUUGGCUGCUCUAGAGGUCAUUCCAGAGUCAAGAUGGCGGCGUUCAUAUAUUUUGGAACAGUCCGAAGGCAUUUUCCCCCAAAUCUAGACGCUUUAACAAUUGUAUAGAUCAACAAUUUGUGUUUUAAGGCAUACGUGAUGUUUAUUUGUAGCAUCAGGGUAAAUACGGAAACCUAUCAAGUCGUAUUUCCUUGAGUGCUGACUACUUUCCUCGUUCGGAUAACUUGGAGACUGUAAAGAUCUCUAUAGGCAGUUUGUUUUGAAAUCAUUGAAAUCUCUAUGUAACUUAGAAUAAACGCGAAUGUAUAGCCAACGAUUUGCAUUUCUUCGCGAACUCUGCACCAAGAGUUCUGGAGAAGAUUCAAGGAUAAACACCGCUUGGAGAAUCACAAAGAUUGCAGCUUGGACAUCGCUAGUUCUUGGCGGGGCAUUUAUUUCAAGCCAAGUCUACAGUUUGAGAGAUGCUUUUAGACACCGGACCAAUGCUGUAAACAAUGAGAACAGACCAAGUUCCUCCUACAUCUACCCAACUACCUCACUGCCAACUGAAGCACAAGAACACACAAAAGAUUUUGCCAACUUGAAGGUGGAAGAUGGCGAACUAUCUGCAAAGAUGCCCAGCAUUCCAUUCCCAAAUCCUCAAGUCAGCAACAGUAUUUUGACCAGCUGGUUGGACUGGGUGCCCUCCCCCCUGGCACGUCCCAGGAUGCAUCAGAGGCCAGAUGAUCCCUGGAGAUUCCUGAAGGCCGCCCAGUCCGAACACCGAGCCACCAGGCUGGAGGGGGUGGAGAAAUUAGCAUCCAUCAAGCACUGGAGCGAUUCGGAUUACCGGGCAGUUGCACAGGCGCUCGACAACCGGACCCUAAUUGGUCUAGCCAGGUCACAUGAUCCAGACUCCAGAUUUUUCUUACCACCCCCCUCUCCACCCAAAACAGGUGGCCUGCUUGAAGAUGAGCUGAGGUCACUUUUAGGCUCUUUACCUCGGGAUGGGAUGGACAAAUGCACCCUGCACUUCACAUCAAAGGCCAUGCAACAUGGCAGGGCAGCAUUUGCUGAAGACAGGGGAGGAUUGUGGUGUUUUGGAGGUAACGGACUGUCCUUUGCACAAAGUCUCAGCAACGUUCCUGAGGAGAAAGUCUUGUCCUUCUGUCUCCAGGCAUUAGUCAAACACUCUAAGGUGCCGUCCCACUGUUCAGACAUUGUGCGGCUGGGAGGCUUACAGCUGCUGCAGAGAGCGUACAGGUCCAGGAACCACUCCGCUCAGAAAAUCCUCCGCAACAUCGUACGAGUCAUCGGAAACCUCGCCGUACACGAACACCUGCACCGACAAAUCAUACAAGCCGGGUGGGUGACGGUUCUAGCAUCUCUGAUGAAGAGUGACCACAUCUCGCUGGUCACCCACGCUGCUCGUGCGUUAGCUAACCUGGACAGAGACACCUGCAGUCCGGAGAAGUACCAGGAUGGUGUUUACUUGUUUCACCCUCAGGACAGGUCAAGGGAACCUAUCCGGGCAGACAUAGUGUUUGUGCACGGACUGUUGGGUGGAGCCAUUAAAACAUGGCGGCAACAGGACAGCUCAGACGACCACCCAGAGACAGGGGACCACGCCCACCAAGAGAUGGAGAACCACACCCACUCAGAGGAAGGAGAGGAGGAGUAUACAGAGUGCUGGCCUAAGAGCUGGUUAGCGAAGGACUGCCCCAACCUGCGGAUCCUGUCUGUGGAGUACGACACCCACCUGAGUGACUGGCAGCCCAUCUGUCCUGUGGAACAGGAAAAACGUUCCCUAGCCAACCGGAGCAGGGAGAUUCUGGAGAAGUUGAAGGCCGCAGGAGUGGGAACACGGCCCAUUAUCUGGGUCACACACUCCAUGGGGGGACUCUUGGUGAAGAAGAUGCUGACAGACUCGUUACAGGACAGCAGUUUUGGUGACCUUGCCGAUCACACCAAGGGCAUCCUGUUCUACAGCACGCCCCACUUCGGCUCCAGCCUGGCCGCCUACUCCACACAAGUACGCUACCUGCUCUUCCCCUCAGUGGAGGUGCGAGAACUCAGCCAUGACAAUGCUACCCUGAAGAAACUGCAUGAGGACUUCACUGUCUUUGUGGACCAGAAGAAUGUGGACAUCCUGACUCUGGCAGAGACAGAGCCUACCAACAUCGCCCAGGGGACCACCAUUAAAACCCUCAUCGUGCCUCUCAAGUCUGCAAAUCCAGGUUUUGGAGAGUUCCACCAGGUGGAUGUGAAUCAUCUGAACGUGUGCAAACCAGAAAACAAGGAGUCCAUCCUGUAUCAGUUAACCCUGCAGUUCAUCCUGAGGAACGUUCCCAAGACCACGCUGGCAGAGAAACUGGAGAGGCAACUGGACGAGAUCAUGGACAACGAGUACAUCUGGAGACACAUGCAGUUCUUGAAGUCAGAUCGAUGAGUGGUAUAGAGGGAAACCUGUUCUGAACAUUCAGGUGUGUACACAGAGCAAAAGACCUGUACAGUAGUUAAAGAACUAGGGACAGCCUUGUUUUCUGAAGAGAUUGGUGCCAGUAAUGCUGCUAUAGUUGUUUUCCUGUACAAUCCAUAUCCCAACCAAUGAGUGUUCAUGAAGAUGCAUGUAUUUAAACACUUUUUCAUACACUCGCGUGUAAGAAAGACAAAAAUGGAUAAACAUGCACUCUGGAAACAAGAAAGCGUUAAACAGUCUAACAAUUUAACUGUGUCACCCAAGUCAAAUUGUUCUAAUAACAGUUACAUUUUUAUUUGCCUUGGAAGUGGUGUGAAAUGGCCGAGUGUCUAGUCUAACGCCGUAACGGACACAAGAUUGAGAGAUCACGGGUUCGGUUCCAUGCAUUCCUGGCUAGACAUUGUGUCCUCAGGAAAGGAGCUUUAACAACUUUCCUCACUCCACUCAUUUUGGGUAAAAAGGUACCUGACUUCGGUUGGGGAAUUAAAAGGUCUGUACAGCCUUAAAGACAAUAGUACCUUUAUCUUCAUGUUGCCUUUUAUUAGCUUUUAGAAACAAUUUUGCAUGAAUGUUGGUUCUUUUUAAAAUGCAUGACAUGAUAGAUGAUAAUAGCUGCAAUGCUUCAUGAACUGUUUUUCACUCAUUUUAUAAGAUGCUUUGGGU